UCGGUAAAUUAGUUAACGGAUUAUUGUGAGCGUGUGUGUGUGUGUGUGUUCUAAAAUACCAAUAUGGAUACCGAAACGGAAUCGGAAAUACAAAAGUUUUAUAAACAUAAAAUCGUCUUUGUCACCGGCGGUAGUGGAUUUUUGGGCAAAGUGAUCAUUGAGAAAUUGCUGCGUUCCACAGAGGCAAAGCGCAUCUAUGUGAUGAUCCGGCCGAAACAGGGUCAGGAUAUCAACGAACGUUUCGCUGCCUGGGAAAAUGAUCCAGUAUUCACUACACUGCUGGAUGCUCAACCCAAAUCCCUGGAACGAGUAAUGCCCAUAGCUGGCGAUUGUCAGGCAUCUGAUCUGGGUAUUAACGAGGAGGAUCGCCGAUUGUUGGUGGAGGAAGUUCAAGUGGUUCUGCAUAGUGCGGCAACUGUGAGAUUUAUGGAGCCACUACAUGUGGCUCUGGCCAUCAAUACACGGGCCGCUGGUCUGAUGUUGCAAUUGGCCAAGGAAAUGACUCGAUUGGAGGUCUUUGUGCAUAUCUCGACUGCCUUCUCCAAUUGUGUGGUGAAUCACAUUGAAGAGAGAUAUUAUCCGGAGCAUUUGAACUGCACAGUUGACCAGGUAUUGCAGCUAACUGACAACUUGAGCGAAGAGAUGGUCGAUGGUAUAACGACCACAUUGCUGGAUAAAUUUCCCAACACCUAUACGUAUACCAAAGCUCUUGCCGAGCAAUUGAUACAGAGGGAAGCAGGAGAUAUGCCCAUCUGUGUCUAUCGGCCUGGAGUUAUUAUUGCUAGCUACAAGGAACCAAUGUCGGGUUGGAUUGAUAAUCUCAAUGGACCCAUUGCCUUGCUGUAUGGUGCAGCAUUUGGAAUUGUUCGCGUCUCCUGGGCUAACUAUCAGGCACAGGCUGGCAUCGUGCCCGUAGACUAUUGCGCCAACAUGGCCUUGGUCUGUGCCUGGAAAACAGCACAAGAGACGACACGUCCGGCAGAUCCUCCUAUCUACAAUCAUGUGCCUAGCGAUCAGAAUCUAAUUACUUGGGGUGGCUUUAGGGAUAAGGCAAAGGAUCAUGUUCGCGAUUAUCCUUUGACACAGAUGAUGUGGUGCCCCUUCUUGCACUUCACCUCCUCGGGUUUGCUAUUUCGAUUGGCGGCCUUUUUCUAUCACAUUAUUCCAGGCUUUCUCAUUGACAUGGCAUUGCGUCUGCGGGGACAGAAGUCACGCAUGCUCAAGCUAUAUGAUAAGGUCCACAAAAAUAUUGUAAUUCUAUCACCAUUCACCAUCAAAUCUUGGGGCUUCGAGAGCGAUAAUGCUGUUAAAUUGUGGCAAAGUCUGACUCCUCGGGAUAAGGUGCUCUUUGAAUUUAAUAUGCGGGACUUGGAUUGGGAUAAUUAUUUCCUAAAUGCUUUGCGUGGUAUGCGCAUUUAUAUGGGCAAAGAGGAUCCAGGAGAAGAAUCCAUUAAACGUGGUCAAGCGGUUUUAAAUAGAUUUUUAACACUUCAUCGAAUUUUGCAGUGUAUACUUAGCAGUGCCUUUGCCUUUAUUAUGUGGUCACUGCUUAAAUAUUUAGUUAAUUUUUAGGUCAAUCAACGGAUUUAUUAAAUAAAUGAG